AUGCGUUUACAGAUCGGCCUUUUGCUGCUCUCCUUCGCCGCCAAAGAAAGCGAGAGGGUCUUCCACUACCUUUUCACCGUUGCCCUCCUGGUCGGUGCCAUAAGCUACUACGCCCAAGCCUCUGACCUUGGCUGGAGUGCCAUCGAACAAGUCGAUCAUCUCAGAAACGGGGUUGUCCACCCGAUGUUCUAUGCCAAAUAUAUCAACUGGAUUGUGGCUUUCCCUUCUCUCGCUCUAGGUCUCGGUCUGGCCUCUGGGAUUUCUUGGACCACCAUCUGCUGUAAUAUCGCCAUCGCCUGGCUGUGGGUCGUCAGCUACCUCGUGGCCGCUUACACCACCACGACCUACAAAUGGGGUUUCUUCGCAUUUGGCACAUUCUCCUGGCUCAUCCUCGCCAUGAGUACUAUCAACGAGAGCCGUGAAGCCGCCGCCCUACUUGAGAUUGAACGCGACUAUCUUGUCCUUGCCGGCUGGGUAAAUCUUUUGUGGGUGCUUUACCCGGUCGCGUUUGGCCUGACCGACGGCGGCAACGUCAUUGGCAUCACGGGCGGUUUUAUCUUCUUCGGCGUUCUCGACAUACUCAUAGUGCCGGUGUUGAGUUUUACAAUGCUGUUCUUUGCUCGCAAUUGGGAUUACCGCAAGCUGAACAUUGCAUUCAGUGACAGCCGUCCUAGCCGGGAGAGUGAGACCGCGAAGACAGAACGUCCUGCUAGCCCUGCUGAUAUUGCUUAA